UACGCCGUUGUUUUGCUUAAUGAAUCAUCUAAGUCCAGCCCAUUGAUUGUGGACUAGAUGGCUUAUUGUUAUUGUGUCGGUCAGAUUGUGUUUAUGUGAUUUUAUCUCUUUAGAUAUUUGAGGAAAAAAAAAUCUCUUUAGAUAUUAUUGGUUGAUGAAAGCACUCGAUUAAUUGAAAAUUACUGGUUGAGAAAAGGAUUAGAUUAUAGAAAGCUUUUUAUUUGUUUCUUUUUUUUUUUUAAUAUAAGAGAUUUGUGUAUAUAUCUCCUUUUUCAAUAUACUAAUCUAGAAAAAAUGAAAUACGGUACUAAAUUAUAGGUUCCUAAACACAUAAGGAUUAGGUGUCGUAAAACUUGUAUAUAAGGAGAGCUAGGGCUCUUCUUUCUUACUCGUACAAUCAUCAACACCGCUCAAAAUACUCGCUCUCUCUCUCUUUCUUUUCAUCGAGUUCAACAUCUUUCUUCUUUUGUGAUAUUUGUUGUUCGUAUCUAAUCGAUAAUGGCAACAACAUCUAAGAUCCUCGGCGUGCUCAUGAUGACAACCUUCAUCACGGUUCUCUUGGGUUGCUGCUGCUCGGCGACAAUCUACAAAGUGGGAGAUGAUUUCAGUGGAUGGACCGCAAAGGAUCACACGUACUACGACUGGGCCAAGCAUAAGGAGUUCCACGUCGGCGAUUCUCUCGUCUUCCAAUACAAUCCUAACUUCAACGACGUCACUGAAGCCUCCGGCGCUUUGGAAUUUGAGUUCUGUGAUUCUUCCUCUCCUAAAGCAGUCUACAACACAGGAAACGAUGUGGUAACCCUCACGGAACCAGGAUACCACUACUUCAUCACGUCAAACCAUGGUCAAUGCGUAGCAGGACAGAGAUUCGGCGUUCUCGUCGUCCAUGAUCUGUCACGUCCGAUUCCUCCACCACCACCCAGCAAUGCUAAUAUACCUUUUGGAAAAUUUUACAAAGUUGGUGGUGACUCCAAUGGAUGGAGUGUUCAUGAAGAAACCGACUACUAUUACAAUUGGAGCGUGGAUAAACAGUUUCAAGUGGGAGACAAUCUUGUUUUUGAAUACGACAUCGAAGACAACGUAGACGUCUUAGAAAUCAGCGGUCAUCUUGAAUUCAAAUAUUGCGACCCGACUUCUCCAGUAGCGGUGCACAAGACAGGCCUCGAUAUCGUCAGGCUCACCAAACCCGGAGUCCAUUAUUUCAUCAGCUCAAAAACGGGUCAUUGUGCUGCUGGACUUAAGCUUCGAGUAAUGGUGUCACCAAUACUCAGUGUGCCAAAGUUGUCACUUAUAGACCGGCUCACAAGGUGGUAACACACUUUCAGAACCCAUCAUCACUAAGAACUUUCAGACCCAUCAUCAAAAGCAUAUGUUACCUUGGUUUGAGAUCAGCCAAUUAAGAAGUUUGUCUACUGAUUCACGUACUAGUUUAGUACCUUGUCUCUUUCUCUUCAUUGUUAAUUUGUUUAGAAUACUUUUUUAGUUCUUAUUGUCUCUGAUGUACCGUUCAAACAUUAUAAUUCAGUAAAGACGAAAUUUUACUUCAAAGUUAUUAAUUUACUAUGAUCAUAGUCAUAAGAAUGCCUUAAUACAUUGAAUGAGCUUCUUAUCCAACAUCCAAACGCUAAAACCCACAGAGCCUAAAUGAAAUGGCUAAAA